GCAUAACCAGCCUCACAAAGAAACUUAAAAAACGCCAAAACCAGCCAUGAUCGAAGUAAUUUACGUUGUCCGGCAUGCAUUCCGCGCCAACUGGUCGGUCGAUCCUCAAACAGGCGUGUACACGGCUUCAAUGAAGACACCGACUGGCAUACCCACUGACCCACCGCUGACAUCCCACGGCGUGGAUCAGAGCAAGGAAUUGGCCGAGUAUCUGAGCCAUGUUGAGCCGGCUGUGGAUCGCAUCUACUCGAGUCCGUUCUACCGCUGCCUCCAGACGAUAAAGCCGUUUAGCGACCAGCUAUUUGAGCAGGGCAAGGCAAACGGGCUGAUCAGGAUCGAUCGUGGGAUCGGCGAAUUCUUCGGCCGCGCCCAUUUUACCCAUCCUACACCACCCCAUCUCGAACUCUUGACUCCGCACUUUCAGAAUCUGGAUCUGGAGUAUGAGUCUGUUCAUCUGCCUGCGUCGAAAGGAGAGAUGAUUGUCGAACUCCAUGAGCGUGUGAGGAAGGCACUGGACCAUAUCGUUGCCACCCUCGACAAGGACCCGGAGCAGCCGAAGAGCGUUCUGCUGUGCUCGCAUGCCGCCACUAUCAUAGCAGCCGGUCGUGUGCUAACGGGACAGAUGCCACAGAACCCUGAUGAAGAGGACUUCCACUGUUACACGGCGGGGCUAUCCAAGUUUGUUAGGCGUUCGGCGGAUCCCGAAAAGGGUGUGGCGGGCAACUGGGAGUGUGUGCUAAACUCUGAGACUUCUUAUCUUUCGGGAGGCGCCGAGAGAGGAUGGCAUUUCAACGGCGAAGAGAGUUUCGUGGAUUUCUCAGACACUGGCAUGAAGGGCGAGGGCGAAAACGAGUCGAAGCUCUGAGUGUUGCAUGGGAGCGCUGAUGUGAGGAUACACGGUCGUCGAUGAAGGCAUACACAUAGAUGCAACGAAUAUAUCACGAACAACAACCCCAAA